AUGAUGUGGUUCUCGGCAGGAUUAAGUGUAAGUAUUUCCGGCGAACUGCUGAUACUUUUACUCUUCCCCUUGUGCUCUUUUAUUAUUUGUAGAGAAAAAAAACGUAAGGGCGAGCAUCGUCUAUUUGGCGCAACCACAACAACAACAGGAGCAGCCACUGUAGAAAAGGGUGGUGAGCAAACGAGAUCAGGUGAAAGUGAUGAAGAGCAUACCAAAGCUCAAAUAAAAAAGAAUAAAGCACAUCGCAAAAGAGAGAAACAUUUUGCUACACCUGGAAGAAAAGAAGUUGUGAAGCAUAGUGAUCCUAAUUACCAGACAAUGGCAAUGCUAAACGAUGAUGUAUUUACGAGGAAGGCUAACGACAGGGGAAACACUAUGUCUGGAAGGAAACUAAGAAACAAAAAUAACACAAAAACAUCUCAACAUGGAAAAAUAACUGCGCCGGCUGUCAAACGAAUGAUCAAACAUAAUGACCCGAACUACCAGACUCUUGCCAACUUGCACAGUGAAAUUUUUAUUAAAAACAAGAAACCAAAUGAAAGAAUCAAGAACAAUAACAUGCAGCAAAGCCCGAAAAAUAAAUUUAAAAAACCACUUGAAAACAGAGCAGUACAGCAACAGCCGGAUGAUCCCAACUACCAGACAUUGGCUGGUAUCAGUAGUGCCGUUUUCAAACACAACAGAGCACAACAGAGAAGAGAAAGAAACAAUGUUAUGAUAAUUGAAGAUGAAGCUGGGGAAUCAGUUUCGAUAGGUGAAAGGUCGAAAGAAAAUAAUCUACCCAAGAAACCCGGGCAACAUAUGGUGAUUGAAACACAAGAUCCGAAUUAUCAGACAUUAGCCAAUAUUGUUGAUGUUUUCAAGCCAAGAGAACUAACGGAAGACGAGAUGAAGCCUUUUAUGACCUAUUAG